AUGGAGAAGCCGUCACCGAAGAAAUAUGAGAUAACUAGGGGACAUGAAUAUUACCUUAGUCAUAUAUCAUUAUUGGAACAAGCUUCGCCCAUCGCAUUGAAGAACAUUAUAAAACGAGAAGAGGAAAAAUGUGGUAACGGUAUACGUGAUUUGUUAAAUGAGAAUAGACAUACAAUCAAAGCACAGUACGAAACAGAGUAUUUUCAAUUAUUUCAAGAAGAUAAUGUCAAUGACGAUAUUGAUACGUGGGGCACACUUCAAUUAUGUGCUGUGACAUUAGUUUUGUUUAAAUCUGAUCUAACUGAACCAGAAGUUAAAGCCAUUCAAUGUAUAUACGAUCAGAGACAAGAUCUUGAACAGUACACCAAAUGUGCCUCCCUAACAUUCAAAACCUACAACAAAAAACAACAUCUAUUGCACCAUCAUUUACUCCAGUUGAUAACGUCCAUAGACCGAAACGCUAAACAUAAUUGUAUAUGUGUGAUGUAUUCGUUUCAACCUGAAUCGAUGAAUUUAAGCGAAAGGCUGAUAUACAAACUAACAAGUACACAAGAUGCCAAAACUCAUCUUCAAGUUGCUAUUGAAGUAAAUUUCGUGACACAGAAUACAUGUACUGGUGAGGAGAACACACAAGUGCUUCAGGCAAAUGACCAAAUCUUCAUUGAAGAACUUCAGAACAAGAAUGUCUAUGUCAAUGAUUCGGUCGUUUUAAGAUGUAAACUCAACACUCCAGUGGGUGAUAAUGUUGAGUGGAGAAAAGAUAGCAAGCUGAUCAAAAUUACAGACAAUAUGGUUUUCAUGAGCAACCAUUGCACCCACUGGUUAGCGAUAACUCAAGCAUCAUUGGAAGACACGGGAACUUAUUCGUGUGUAUUUGGCCAUAUUUCAACAUCUGCUGAUCUAACUGUUAUAGAUGAAGCAUUGAGUGUGGUCGUUGAUUUGCCUGUCAAGAUUGAGGUCAUUGAGAAAAGAAACAUUGAUAUAGAAUGUAAGGUGAACCUGCUAACGAGUAGACCUGUCUGGCGACACAAAGAGAAACUUCUACAAUCAUCUGGUAGACAUUUUAUGCUAGCAAAGGGAACUACACAUAAAUUGAUGAUCACGAAUGUAACAUUAGGCGACGAGGGUGAAUAUAUAGUUGACUUUGGGAAUGUCUCAUCUAAAACAACAGUUCAAAUACAAGGGGAGACAAACCAUAUUCAUAGAAAACAGAUAACACACGAAUUGUACAGAAAUUGGAUGAGAGGAGCUUUAGCGUUAAAAUAUUUGAAAAUAGGUUUAGAGGGUUUUUCCGACAAGGCUGUUACCAAACAACAUGAUGAUCUAAUGAAAAGACUUGGAAACACAUGCAACACUUGUACAGAGAGAAGUCUUCUCCCACAUAAAAAAGAUCAAUGCCCACGGCAAGGAAAACAUCAAUGUUUAUGUGUUAACAUUCGGAAAAGAAAGUCAAGACAAAUGUGUCCAAAUGGGGGAUUUUGUGGCAUCGUUUAUACAGAAAUAAUUUGUAAACAUCGCUUUCAAGAUCCAUCAUUCACAAACACAGAUGCCCAGAAAUGGAGCAGUGAUCCAUGGAGUGUUGCUACAUGCUUUAUAAAUACUACCGGCUACAAAGGCAAGCAAUCAGCUAAAGAUGUCGACUGCUCUGGUUUACUUAGUAUGUGUAUAAACAACAUUUAUAUAGAAAUGAUGCUUGGAGAAGUUAUCAUCGAUGGGAAAAUAGAUGCGUUUGCACAGGCACGGGAAGCGCGGAAUGAUAUUCUUCACAAUCCAAACUAUGAACUAUCUGAAAAUCAACUAAUCAAGUUUAUCAAAAUGUUCAAAGAAGUACUAGAAAUCAAGGACAAACAUGGCAAUACACCUCUGAAAGGGGAGCCAGGCGUUGCAAAUGCCUUAGAUUUACUAGAUAUGGUGCAACAAAAUCAGAUUGAGAUUAACCUUGAACAUGAGAUGAGAGAGCUGAGAGAGCAUGGGAUGUCUAGAUUAGAAGAGAAAUACCAAACAGCACAAAAACAGGCAAGUGUUAUAGCUAAUGCAUUUGAGUAUUGUUAUAACAAGUUUUCAAGACCGAAUAAAGAAAAUGAGCUUGGGUUUAUGCUUAAUCUUAGAUCUGCAGGAAAACAAAAAAAUCUUAAAGAGGACUUCUUGAUUGAUCUACAGAUAAAAGUUAUUGCUAAGAAUGGUGAAAAAAAUGCUGAAGGGAAUCAGCGAGUUUAUGUAGUAAUGAAAGACUAUAUUCUCAAUAACGAUGAUAUAACUGGUUCGCCUUUUUAUGAAGGUUCAACUGAUACACCAGUCUAUCACCUCGUAGGUUUCAUCAAAACCAUAAAGAAUUGCCGUAUCGUUAAUAUUUCUCCCACUGACCAAUCGUCAACAGACAUACAAAUCAACUGCACCAGUUCGAAAGCCAUGGAAGAUUUUCUUAAGUCCAUCACCAGUAACGAAUUUCAACAAGAACUGUUUGAGCUUAGACGAUGGCUACAAGUGCAAUAUGGCAUUGAAUCCCAUGACAUAAUUGCCAGUUGCUCAUCAAAUGGCAUAGAGAAAGCAAAACAACGUCUGCAUUUUACUGACGUAACCAGGACUAUGACUUGUGCCGAGCAUCAAAAUACACAAUGUACUCUCUAUUGUCCUGACCAUGACACGUUUUUAUGUACAGCAUGCAGGGAAUCAAGACAUGGCACAUGUCAUGGAAUACAACAGAGUACAUCUGAAAGGCUUUAUGAUGAACAGAAGCGUCGUCUAGCCAUCAAAAGUUUAAAAGGAUCUUAUAACGUUAGUAUAGAUAAUACUUUAAUUAAUAGAGGCAACAAUGAUAAAGGUAUGUGUUGUAUCACUAGUAUGUGUAUGCUUCCUAAUUGUGAAGUUCUGCUUGCUGAUAGUUGGAAUAAAAGACUGAAGAAAUUGAAUAGUUCGUACAAGAUAAUAAAUCACUGUGAUGUAACUGAAAAACCCUAUUCUGUAUGUUAUAUAGGCAACAAUACAGCUGUUGCUAGUUUAUGGCACAAUACAAUACAGUACGUGAAUGUGUCAGGUGAUAUAAACCUAACACAAUUAGUGACGCUAGAUCAUGAAUGUUGCAGUUUUGCUUGUCACGGUGACACACUCUAUAUUAGCAGUGACGACGCAAUUUACAAAUAUGACAAAAAAUGUACCCAAAAGCAAGUUAUCUAUUAUUUUCAUGAAACUCGGACCAGGUUCAGCAUAAACCCUAUUGCUAUAAGUGACAAUAGUGAGCGAAUCUACUUCAGUGCAAAUUCAGGUCUAACUACAAUAGAUGCCAAGAGAAAUCAUAUCAGUUCACAAUUUGAUGAUUGUAACAUACGUGAUAUAUGUAUUGCUGGUGAAGGAAUUGUUCUUGUAUUAGAUGAAACAAACAAUCUUCAUCAGCUGAUUAUAAUGGAAAAAAACCAGACUUAA